AUGGACGGGCGACGGUCAGAUUCGUCAUUAAUCGACGCAGUCAUCGUGGGCAACGGGCCAUCUGCACUGAUUCUAUCCUACAUCCUGCACGGCAACGUCCCCUACUACAAUCUCGACUCACCUCAUCCUGAUCCGAUACUGCAUGCAAAGCUAAAGGAUGCUACGGAACUGCUCCAGCUCGAUGUUGCCCAUCUGACCAGCCACUUCGAGGCAUCUCGCUUCUCCUACUCGACUCAAUCCCUGCCUAUAAACUCGCUGGUUGACUCACUCGUCCGGCCGUUUGGCGAGACUGACGACCGUGAGUCGGCAUCCUGCAUCUCCUGGCACCACGACCCCGAGCGUGCGGUGCCCCAUCUCUGCCUCGGUGAUGCGCCCCAGCCCGGUGGCCAGUGGACAGAAUGCCCGCCUGGAACCACCUGGGACAUCCAGUCUCUCAGCUACGCGGGGAUGCUCUCGUUGCCGGGUUAUAGUUUCUAUGACCACUACUACGCCGCUCAUGGCGUCCACAUGCCCUCUUAUACCCGGCCGUCUAGACAGGCCAUAGCAGAGUACCUGGCUGCAUAUCCAGCCGCUGUUGGUAUCGGAAACUCUAUCCUGAAUGGACAGGCGGUGUCCGGCGUCUCUCGUACAGACAGUGGUUUCUACAUUGCCUCACACAAUAUACAAUGCAAACACCUUAUACUCGCAUCAGGCAUCUUCACCGAAGUCAAACCACCCAGACCUCUCCUCCAGCCAUUACUCUCCCUUCCAUCUCACUCAGACCUGCCUGUGACAGAGAAAGCACCCCUGCUUGUCAUAGGCUCUGGCUUCUCGGCAGCUGAUAUCAUCAUCUCUGCUCACCCUCACCAGAAGAUCAUUCACAUCUUCAAAUGGGAACCAGAAUCAAGCCCCUCUCCGCUUAGAAGUUGCCAUCAGCAAGCUUACCCUGAAUAUGCCGGCAUCUAUAAGCUCAUGAAGCGUAGCACACUAGCCAAAUUCACCUCCCCCAAGCCAAACAAGCGGAACCAGGCCUCUCUUCCCACCUUUCUCACUAGCCGGAACUGGGAUGAUAUAUAUGAAGCCCUACCAAACACUCUUGUCGUGGAUGUGGCAGUCGAUGGCACAGAAGGUAUCGUCACCUUUCGCCGCAGUGACAGCUCUACCAUCACCCGCCGCAUUUCCGGUCUAUCAUACGCCGUGGGCCGAAAGGGCUCGUUAACCUAUCUUGACUACCACCUUCAACGUGAAAUACUCGGUGCCAGCUUCGAUCAAUCCCAUGAUGCGUCAAUUGCUAAGGAUACCCUCAAGUCAGCGGCCAUGCACGACCUCGAGGUAGCCAAGGAUGUCUUUAUCAUCGGCAGCCUCACUAGCGACUCCCUCAUCCGUUAUGCUUAUGGCGGUUGUAUGUACGCGGCAGGGAAGCUCAUUGAGCGGUGCACUCAACGCCAGGUUCACAAUCAAGUCUGUGACGGCCCCGUUGAUAACAUUGUGACUGGUCAGUCGGAGCCUGACCUUCCUGCCGUUUCCCCGUCCGACACACAAAUGGACAUACUAACCCAUAACAACCAAUAUAAUAAUAAUAAAAACACAUUACCCAGCGAGCUCCGCAUGCACAGGGUCUCGUCAGAGCUCAGGCUGGGGUCAAAAAAUGAUAGAUUUGGCAGCAGAAGGCGGAGGUCUUGGUGGGCGUUUAUCUUUUCUUGA